AUGCAGGCUAUACGCGACGACUCGAAAGACGCGGCGUUCAACGCCGUGUCUGAGAAGCCGAUCGCUCCUCCGCAGAUUCAACAAACGAACAGUUCAUGGACACAUUUGGUAGCUGGCGCCGCUGGCGGCAUGGCAACCGCCCUUCUCACAUCCCCCCUCGACGUCCUCCGAACUCGUCUUCAAUCUGACUUCUACCGCUCUCACCUCAAAUCUACUGCCACCCUGCAACGAACUCGCCCCUCUCUUGCCCGUUCCUUCAUUUUACACUUUAGCGAAACUUUCGAAAUUCUCUUCUCCAUUCACCGCGUUGAGGGCUGGCGCAGCCUCUUCCGCGGCCUCGGCCCCAGCCUUACAGGAGUUGUCCCGGCGACAGCAAUCAAAUUCUACGCAUACGGGAAUUGCAAGAGGCUAUAUCCAGAGUUACUGGGGAUGGACAAGGAUGCGACGAGCACUCAUGCGCUGUCGGCCGCCACCGCGGGCGUUGUGACGGGGACAGCCACGAAUCCGAUUUGGCUGGUCAAGACGAGAUUGCAGCUCGACCGGUCGCAUGUCAAUGCGGAUGGAUCGAUUCGGCCGCAAAUGUAUCGGAAUAGUCUCGACUGCGUGAAGCAGGUUAUUCAGCAGGAGGGGGUCAAGGGGCUAUAUCGGGGGCUUAUGGCGAGUUAUCUCGGAGUUAUUGAGACGACGCUGCAUCUGGCCGCGUAUGAGCGGAUAAAGGUUAUGGUUGCUCGGCAUAAUGAGAAGAAGGGCAAGGCCCAGUCGAGUGAGGUGACGCAGGGGCUCAUUCUGAGCGGUGCCGCUGGAGUCUCGAAGCUGAUUGCUGUUCUGAUUGCUUACCCUCACGAGGUCCUCCGAACCCGCCUCCGACAAGCUCCCAUGGCCGACGGCCGCCAGAAAUACACCGGCGUGAUGCAAUGUCUGCGAUUAAUGGUCAAGGAAGAGGGCUUCGUCGCGCUAUACGGAGGAUUGACCGCUCACAUGAUCCGCACGGUUCCUUCGGCGGCAAUCACACUGGGAACGUAUGAGCUGGUGUUGAAGCUGCUAAGUGGCCAUUCCUCAUGA